CAAUAUAUAGUCAUCUUGGAUGUAUCAUGAAAAUCUGUUGAAAUUAAAUUUAUUAAAUUAUCCAUCUUUAUAAAAAUUUGUGUAAAUUUAUGUUGUCAAAUUUUAAAAGAAAGUAUUUUUGAUUGUUAUAAUUAUAAAUUAAUAGCAUCUUUCGAACAUAACCUAUAUUUUUUCGGUGUUUAAUUGAAAUCAAUUUGAAACGAUGUUAAAAAAAAUAACAUUGAAUUUUAAAUCAAAUAUACGUUUUCUUAGUAAUUUAUCAGCAAAAUGUAAAGAAAAUAUUGAAGAUAAAAUGCAAGCUUGGCAAAUUCAUUCAUAUGGUGGUUUGGAAGAAUUAAAACUCUCAAAUGUCAGAAUUCCAGUAAUUAAUAGACCAACAGAUAUUCUUGUGAAAAUUGAAGCUUCUAGUGUAAAUCCUAUAGAUAUAUAUAUGACACGAGGAUAUGGUGCAGUAAUUUUAAACUUAUUAAGAAAAGCAAAAAAUCUUACUAGUAGACAAUAUGACGAAUUAGAAUUGCCAUUAACUUUAGGUAGAGAUUUUUCUGGUAUAAUAGUUUCAAAAGGACAUGGAGUUGGAAAUAAAUUAAAAUUAGGUGAUGAAAUAUGGGGUGUAGUUCCUGUGGAACAACAAGGUUGUCAUGCUAAUUAUGUAGUUGUAAAUAGUUCGCAUGUUACUUUGAGACCUAGAAAUUUGUCGCAUAUUGAAGCAGCCAGUAUAUUAUAUACUGGUCUUACAGCAUGGUCUGCAUUGUGGAUUACUGGUGCAUUAUAUUGUAAAAGUAUAAUGCCUCUAAAAAGAAGUAACAAAGUUUUAGUAUUAGGUGGUGCAGGAGGAGUAGGAACUAUGGCAAUACAACUUUUAAAAUCUUGGGAUAUGAAUGUUGUUACUACAUGUAGUAGCGAUGCUGUCAAUUUAGUACAAAAAUUAGGAGCUGAUACUGUGAUUGAUUACAAAUUAGAUGGCGCUGAUUCAAAAAUAAUUAGUGAAGGACCUUAUAAUAUAAUUUUGGAUUGCGCUAAUCAAGGACCAGAUAUGAUAAGAUUAAAGGGUUAUCCUCAUUCUACUUAUAUAACUUUAAAUUCUCCAAUAUUAAAAAAUACAGAUCAACAUGGAUUAAUAGCUGGCACAGUAAAAAAUAUAGGUGAAUUGUUGAAAUAUAAUAUGUCUAUUGUUGAAAAUAGAAGUACAGUGAAAUGGGGUUUUUUUACACCUUCAACAGCAGGAAUUAAAACACUUAAAGAAUUGGUUGAAACUGAAAAGCUUAUUCCUGUAGUUAAAAAAGUAUAUUCAUUUCAAGAUUUACCACUAGCAUAUGAAAGAGUAGCUCAAGGUCAUUUACGAGGUAAAUUAGUUAUUGAUAUGACAUAGUAUUAUAUCAACAAUUAAUUCAAAAAAAUUAAUAAUAAAAUUAUUUCAUACAAUAAAUAUGCAUUUUAUGUUA